UGCAAAGCGGCUAAAUAUAGACAGUCACUUUUUCCUUCCAAAAAUAGAUCUACAUUCUGAAAGUGAGAGAAACAGAGACAGACUACUGAUUCCUUGCUUAAUCAGUUUACAUACUGUAUCAGAUAAAUUGAAAGUUUAUGAAUAAGCAGCAGAAGCCAGUGCUAACAGGCCAAAGGUUCAAAACCAGGAAAAGGGAUGAAAAAGAGAAAUUUGAACCUACUGUCUUCAGGGAUACAAUUAUCCAAGGCCUCAAUGAAGCAGGGAAAGACCUGGAGGCACUAGCUAAAUUUCUGGAUGUAACUGGUUCAAGAUUAGAUUAUCGUCGCUAUGCAGACACCCUGUUUGACAUACUAAUUGCUGGCAGCAUGCUAGCACCUGGUGGGACACGCAUAGAUGAUGGUGACAAGACAAAAGUAACUAAUCACUGUGUAUUUGGUGCAGAGGAAAAUGAAGAUUCAAUCCGUAGUUAUGCUCAGGUCUUCAGUAAGGUUAUCAGGAGGUACAAAUAUUUGGAAAAAGCCUUUGAAGAUGAAAUUAAAAAGCUCCUCCUGUUUCUGAAAGCCUUUUCUGAGUCAGAGCAGUCUAAACUAGCAAUUCUCACUGGCAUCCUGCUGGCCAACGGAAUACUUCCUGCAACCAUCCUAACCAGCCUCUUCACUGACAAUUUAGUCAAAGAAGGAAUUUCAGCAUCAUUUGCUGUGAAGCUUUUCAAAGCAUGGAUGGCAGAAAAGGAUGCCAAUUCUGUUACCUCAUCUUUGAGGAAAGCAAAUUUGGACAAAAAAUUAUUAGAACUGUUUCCUCCUAACAGGCAGAACGUUGAACAUUUUGCCAAGUACUUCACUGAUGCAGGGCUAAAAGAACUCUCAGACUUCCUGCGAGUCCAGCAGUCCCUGGGAACCAGGAAAGAACUGCAAAAAGAACUGCAGGAACGACUUUCUCAGGAAUGCCCCAUCAAAGACGUGGUUGUCUAUGUGAAGGAGGAGAUGAAAAGGAAUGAUCUGCAGGAACCUGCAGUGAUUGGACUGCUAUGGACGUGUGUGAUGAAUGCUGUUGAGUGGAACAAGAAAGAAGAGCUGGUUGCAGAGCAAGCACUCAAACAUCUAAAACACUAUGCACCUCUACUAGCUGUAUUCAGCACCCAAGGCCAGUCCGAGCUUGUUCUUCUUCAGAAAAUUCAGGAAUAUUGUUACGACAACAUCCACUUUAUGAAGGCCUUUCAGAAAAUUGUCGUACUCUUCUACAAAGCUGAUGUGCUAAGUGAAGAGGCAAUACUGAAAUGGUACACAGAAGCUCACCAUACUAAAGGUAAAAGCGUCUUCCUGGAACAGAUGAAGAAGUUUGUUGAAUGGCUGCAUAAUGCUGAAGAAGAGUCUGAGUCUGAAGGUGAGGACAGCUAAGUGUUUCAACAAAGCACAAUCUCCAGGCCACAGCAGUACUCGCUCCUGGACUGUGUGCCACUCAGGCAGAAGAAGCUUUACACUACUUCAGUGUCAAAAAGAGAAAACUUUAGACUAGCUUUCCCUCGAUGUAUAGGAAUACAUAUUUUUUCAUUGAGACCUGAGGUAACAACUGUUUUCUCUGGGACUCUACCUCUGUGGCUCAUUUACCUUAUCCUAAUGAAAGCCAUUGAAAAAAAGGAGCCAUGCAAGAGAAAAGAUAUACACAAGGACUCCUUUUGUAUUAGCAGUCUUUCAGGUACUAAGUGAAUUGUCACCUAAAUGUCUAUUAUAGAUUUGUUUAUAAAUUAAUUUUAUUUUAUUUGGAGUUGUCUGUGUUUGUAGCAAUAUAUUUACUUAUAUUUGUGAUUUUAAACUACCCACAUUUUUGAAUACAUAAAUUUUAUAUCUUAGAUAACUGCGUCUUUAGUAGGCAUAUCUGUACUUAUAUUUCCUUUUGCAUAUCUCCACUUUUGAGACUUCCUGUUUUCCCUGCAUUUCCUUCUCGGAAUGAAUUGCAAUAUGUAAUUUUAGUGAGCUGAGAUAUCUUAUUUUACAGCGAUAAGCAUUGUGCAUAUUCCACAUGGUGUCUUAUAAGAAUGUAUACUUACUGGUUUGUAGUCCAUUGAUAUUUAGGUUGAAAGCAAGGUGGUGGAUGUAUUCUUUCUGUAAGUUUUCUGAAUGCAUCUUGUUUUUGUGUUACUACAGGAUGAUUUUGUCAUUUGUAGGUCUGCAUUAUAAUCAAUAUUGUAAAAGAUUUAUUGUAAAAUCAGAGGUGAAAAUCUAUUUCAUGUGAUAGUUAAAUAAUGUUGGCACUCCUUGCAAAGAGGAUGAUAAAGUAAAACUGUGAUAAACAUUGCCAAGGCCAAGUUAUUUCAGAUUACAACCUUGCAUGAACAAUGUCCAGCCUUGAAUAAAAGGGCAUUAAAAGUGAAACUAAUAGACUUUGAUAUAUAGCUUGUCUGACACUACUGUUGUAGUUUUUAAGGCACAUGUUCUUAAAACAAAAAUUGUCAAGUUUUGAAUAUAAAUUAGAUAUACCAGUCACAUUUAUGGACAUUUUGUUUAUCUCAGUGCCUUACUGCUGCUCUGAAGUAUUUCUACUAAGAAAACAAGUUGCUCUCCCUCUGUGGUUCUCAUAUGUCCACAAUGUGAUUCUUUAAAUCUCAUAUAUUGUCCAUCACUGAAUCUUCAUAAGAACAAGUGAAGCAACUUGUAUGGAGAGCAUUGAGCAACCAUUAUCUGAGUACAUGGCAUAAAAAUUUUCAAAAAGCAUGUGAAUAAAAUAAUAAUUCAUUGUCAAACUUCUUGGUCUUUCAUCAGUUGGUAAGGAAUCGCAUUCUCAACUUGUAACUGCAAUAAGCCCCAGUUUACUUGUCUAAACUGUAUUUCUCUUGUACUUAUCUCGGUUUCAUUUAAUAAAAUUUCAUGUAAGAAUUCUA